CGAUGACGGGAGCGAAUAUUUUGCCAGAAGAGCGCCUCCGUCGCAGGAUCCACAUUCAUGACCCUACGAUGCGUAACGCUUUAUCUGAGCUAUUUGGCACCGCCUUACUAGUGCUCAAUACAUGGAUACAAAUCAACCUCGGAUGGGGUUUGGCAAUCGCAUUUUGUGUUUAUUCUUGCAGCAAGACAUCAGGAGGUCAUUUCAAUCCUGCAGUCUCACUGGCCAUGCUCACACUUGGAAAACUUUCCACCAAAGAUUGCGCCAUUUAUUGUGUGGUUCAAACAGUUGGUGCUUUCAUAGGAGCCAUGGGGUCAUUCGGAAUAUAUUAUGAUCAAUUGGUGAACUUUGCUGGCAACGAUCGCACGAUCGAAGGGCCGCAUGCAACAGCGGGUAGCUUUUGCUCGUUCCCGGCCCCUCAUCUCAGUAAUCUUACCUGCUUCUUUGAUCAGAUCGCUGGAACCGGGCUUUUGGUUUUCUUUGUAUGUGUGGUUAUCGACAAGAGAAAUGGCAUUCCUAAUGCAGCUCAUCCACUCCUCUUCGGUCUUGUGGUUAUGAUGAUCGGCACUUGUAUGGGCAUGAACCUUGGAUAUCCUAUCAAUCCCGCUCGAGACCUAGGACCAAGAAUUUUCACUCUUUUCAUCUACGGCUCCGAAGUGUUCACGUACCAUAAUUGCUACUUCUGGAUUCCAAUUUUUGCACCAGUCGUGGGUGCAGUGUUAGCAGCUUGGACUUAUCAUCUCUUCAUUGGCGCUCAUAUUCCUGAUGACAAUAAAGUCCAUAUACUUGACGAUCCCAAGGUUCCACUUAAUAAAAUCUAA